GAAAAGUUAACGACGGUUACUCGGCGUUAGGAUAAGGCAGUACCUGACUUCAUCUUCUCGUGGAAGAUUUUGUGCUUUUAAUCGUGAACUGUAUCUUAAUUUUUAGUUGAGACAAAUUGAGUUUCAGGAAAAUGGCAACCUUCGACUUUCUAUUCAAGGGCCAGUUCUCUCUCUUCAGUUACAUUGUCCUCAGUGCGUUCGUCAUUCUCCUCAUGUAUUUGUUUAUGCUGGCUUGUCAGCUGUCUGGUGUUUGCGUCAAAUUUAUGUUGUGGUGCGCUGAUCGCUGGGAUGAAUUGGUAGACCGCUACGAGGGACUGACACAUAGUUCUGGAUACAGCUCUCCCAGCGAUCUAUCAGCAUCUGCUGCAAGUCACAGGAUGUCGGAGGAGGAGGCUGAGCCUCGCGCAGUAGCAGCAGCAGGAGCAUCCAAUGCCAGAGAAUCUGACGGCGAUGACGAAACUACAAUCAUUAACAGAGACAAGGAGAGGGCAAAUUAUAGGACGAUAUCGCUAUAGGGCGUUACGGAAUUGAAACUUAUUUUUUAAACUUUUUUUGAAAGGGCAGGUUCCUUUGUGAAAUAGUUUGUUCGUUUAGUAAUCUUAUAUUGAUAUGAAUCUUUUUACUGCCUGAGAAAUCGACUAUUUUGUAAUAGUAUUUUAAAGGGCAGGAUCCUUUGUGAAAUAGUUUGUAGAGUAUUCAAGUGAUAAUCUUUUAAUUUUCUACUGCCUGAGAAAUAAAAAAAAUUCUCUACAGUAUUUUAAAGGGCAGGAACAGUUGUUAAAUAGUUUGCCUGUCGAGUGAUCGGAUAUUAAUAAUACGAGUUUUUUACUGCCUGCGAUAUUUUACUAACUGAACUAAUUUAUUGCCUAAAAUGUACUACUUAUUAACUUGACUCUUAUACUAACACAUUAUAAGACCUGUACUACUAAAUGGGUUGUGCUAUCUGAGAUACAUAAUUAUAACUGAAAACAACACUUAGUAGAAAACUGAAGGGAGGAACUCUAAAUGGCCCUUUGAAAUAAGUUUUGAAAAUUUAAGGUUUUAACUUGGUUUUUAUGCUGUCUUAAAUUCUGUUUUUAACGUUUGUUGAAUUUUAGAAGAAUUUUUCCUUCUAAAUUGUGAAAUUGUAUUGUGUAAUUUUUUUUUCAGACUGUAAUAUUUUAAUACUUUAGUGAAGAUUUUUCUAAAGUAUAUCUUGAAUGUUAAGUGCAAAUAGUGAAUACUGUUUUAAUUUACUCAUAAGUAAUGCAAUUUCUAUUAAGUGAUGCAAUUGUCAGGUGCUACUAGUAGGCACUCUGUCUUAGUUGUUAACCUUUUCCAUAAGAUCUCAUAUUUUAGAUGUUUUAAUUAUUAUGCCUAAGAAUUUGAAUGAAAAUGAACGUACGAAGAA